AUACUGAAGGAGUUAAAGGAUGAGGAAUGGGACAUGGGGAAUAUCGUCUACACGCUGACCAAUAGGAGGAAGGGCGAAGGCUUUAUCGGCUAUGCUGAGAGCCACGACCAGGCUCUGGUAGGUGAUAAGUCCCUGGCCUUCUGGCUGAUGGAUAAAGAGAUGUACACCAACAUGAGUUCCCUGAUCCCCAUGACUCCCGUCAUCGACCGAGGCAUCCAGCUACAUAAGAUGAUCCGCCUCCUCACACACGCUCUGGGGGGAGAAGGCUACCUCAACUUCAUGGGUAAUGAGUUUGGCCACCCAGAUUGGCUGGACUUCCCCAGGAAGGGUAAUGGUGAGAGUUACCAGUAUGCCCGUCGUCAGUACAACCUGUUAGACCCUGACAACAACCUACGCUAUACACAGCUUUACGCUUUUGACAGAGACAUGAACCUCACGGAGGACAAAUAUGGAUGGCUGGCCUCCCAGAAGGUGUUGCUGACCACGGCGGACGAGAAGGAUAAAGUGAUCGUGUUUGAAAGAGCCAACGUUAUGUUUGUUUUCAACUUCCACCCCAGUAACAGCUACAGUGACUACCGCAUAGCAGCCGGCCCGAACGGGAAGUAUCCUUCAUUACCGAGGGGCGCUGGGACAUACACACACACACACACACACUGGGACACACCUGUCGCAGUGACAUCGUCAACAUUCUAUUGUCAUCAUGGCAUCAAUCUUGUCGUUAUGAAAAAGUAUGAACACACCAACUACAGUCUGUAUGACAUCACCAACUACAGUCUGUAUGACAUCACCAACUACAGUCUGUAUGACAUCACCAACUACAGUCUGUAUGACAUCACCAACUACAGUCUGUAUGACAUCACCAACUACAGUCUGUAUGACAUCACCAACUACAGUCUGUAUGACAUCACCAACUACAGUCUGUAUGACAUCACCAAACUACAGUCUGUAUGA